AUGAGAUACUCUCUAAUCUUGGCCCUUUGGACUGUGGGGGCUCUUGGUGGCCCCUGCAAUCCAGCCGAAGCAUCAGGAUCUGCCCUCACUUCUGGAGGAGUACCUGAUGAAUGCCAUGCUGAGGUUGCCGAAACUUCAUCUGCUCCAGUCGCUGUGAGCUUGUCAAACGAGGAUGUUGCGGUUGAGACUUCAAUCCCAUCAGACUCCCAUGAUGAUGGAAACGGUGAAGUAUCAGUGUCUAUUCCUGCCACCGAGACUAGCCAGGCUUUCAACGGAGCAGAAGACUCUGGACUUCCUUCUCCUAAGACUUCUCUAGUCGACGCUGGCAAUACCGACGUGCAAGAUCAACCCACUGAUGGUCAGUCAAACAACAAUGGAGACGUACCUGUGGCGACUAGCUCAGGAAGUUUCGACAAAAACCAGUCAGUGACAAUGCCUGUCCCGGGUGACUCUAACGACGGUGAGGCUCAAUCAACUACCCACGGAGACGAUGCCACUUCCAAGCCUGUUGAAAAUACCGGAUCUUCCCAGGUUAAUGACCAAACCUCCAACCACGACACAGCCACUACAGCCAGUGGUACUACUGCAAGUGAUGGAGGUGAUCAUGAUCCUGUCACCAAAACACAGAGUGACGAUAUCCCGCCAGUUACCCCCAAACCGGAGACCACAAGUGCCAAUAAUGCUUUGCCUGCUCCAACCAUUACAGAUUUUCCCGAGGGACUUGCUCCCUCAACUGUCACCGGCCACCCUGAUUGGGUAUCCAACACUUGGAUCACAACAUCGGAUGAUUCUGGUCCGACUGUUGUUCCAGUCCUUGUUGGGUGCCCUAUCUGCGGCGGAAAGGGCUCAGACAUUGUGUUGUUUGGGUUUCCCAAGGUAGCUGGUAGUUGGUUCAAGCUCCCUGGCCUUCCUAAGUUCAAGUUUCCUUGCAUACCUCCUGUUUGCACGAGUGCUCCUGAUACAUCCGACAACGAUAACGACGACGACGAUGAAAAGAAGUCUUCCUCUGCUACGUGUACUGAAAUGGCUACUGUUACCGAUUGUUUUGUUGCUUGUACAACAUAUACAGGCCCAGCUGGCAGCACCAUCACGCCGGAAUGUCAAACAACAUGCACCAAGACACACACUGGAUGUGAUGUGGUAGGAACAACCACUACAUCAUCUGCUGCAGCAUGCGGCCCUUCAGGAAGCAAUUCAUGCAAGUCUUGUCAGCUGGAACUAGUGGCCGAGGCAGAAACUGAAGAGUCGGAAGAAGGCGGCCUUGAGCGAAGAGCUGUUCAAAAGCUCAAGGAGAUUGGAGGUUGCAAUGGAUUCACCAUGCCCUCGUUUCCCGACUAUCCUGGAGGAAACCUCGUGUUGGACAAUGACGCCGAUAUCAUUCCCAAGAACUCUCCCUUGAAAGACAUCAAGAGAUGGUGGUUCACCACUCCGGGCAAAAACUGCGUCCCUGAAUUGAAGGGCCAUCUUACGGCAGCCGAGGCCAAAUCGCGUGUAGCCAGUAAAAAUGGAGUUUCUAUAGACCACGUUUACGAGAAGAGUAUGCUCCUUGAUUUCUUCCGAGAGAUCAUCGAUAAGAACGGGCCCGACAUUAGGGGACUGAGCGAUGGUACUGCUCAAAAGAAGAUCAAUUGCGAGGACAUGAAAGCUUACGGUGGCGUGGACAGCAACAAUAACCUUCUCCAGAAGGUGUUUAAUGCUUAUCCCCAAUCCAAGGACAGCAACAACAAGCAGAAUAACCCUACUGCUGUUAGAGCGGCAAAAUACCUCGAUGACAUGAUUGCGAUGGACCAAUGGACUAAUGGUGUUGCAAAGGGACAUACAUGCAAUUUCGACGUUGUACGAAAGCAGGCUGACAGCUUGGUUUCGGCCGCAAAUGAUGUCACCGCUACCACGUCCGAGGGUGACGCCAACACUCGGAUUGAGAAUAAGAUUAACGAACUCGAGAAACUGGCUAUCGGUAUCGAGAUGUUUAGUGUUCCUGAGGCACUGGAGGCUAUGGUGAGACAAAAUCAACGGCUCUACUCAAGAUUUGUGGAUAUGGAUAACAACGCCAAAGGCUGCAUGAACAACGAUGCGGUAAAGAACGGUAUCUGGUCAUUCGCGGAUGCGUAUAAGAACUUCAUGGCCAGCAGAUUCGAUGGCACAGAAGCUUGGUCCAUCAACGCUGCAGUGAAGUAUGCAAAGACAAAGAUUAUCGAGAAAGUGACAUCCGACUUGAAUGAAGCUCCGAACGUGGCGGCAGCAAACCAAGACGAAUGGGACGCCAAGGUUGAUACGUGGAAGGCCAGACUGAGCCACAAGGCUGGUCUUGAUAACGAGAAGUGGGGAGUACCUGUGCCCGACUGGAAGUGGGACAUUGUCGCCAAGCGUGAUGGCGAUGGACUCUCUUGUCAACGUCCUGUCCCAAGCGAAACUUCCUCCGAGGAGCCUACGACCUUUUUCACUUCUGUCAGGACAUCUUCGGAUGAUUCAAACACCGAGAAGUCGUCUUCAGAAGAGAUGCCGUCUUCAACUGAGAUGGCAACCACUACGACAAAGUCUGGUCCCACGAUUGGUCAACGGCCCGGUUGGUGGACGGAUGCUCCCACUCUAUCUGACCGUAUCCCUCUUACUAUCUCAACCCCUGAUGGUAGCUCUUGUACCAAGACAGUAACUGAGAGCAUGUGCAAUCAGGGGGUUGGUGUUGGCCACGGACAGGCUUGUGUGACUCACUCAAGGUGCGAGGCAUGGGUGAACACCAAGACCACCAGCAAGCCGAGCCCCAGUCCUACCGCGAACAGUCCAAAGUUCUCCGACAACUACACCCGCUGUAACGGUCGUGACGGCCAGGUUUCAAGCCCUAACGCUAUCACGAAUGCUGCUCAGUCCUUCUGCCGGGACGUGGUUGUUAAGAACAAGAAUAAUGGUUAUUAUUGGUCCAAUGAUAAGCUGGAGGGAAAGAAGCUGCCUUCAACUGGAUAUCACUUCAAGGUUGAGUUCUCUGUUGCGAAGGGCUGUCUGUGGAAGGCGGAUUACAACGAGUGUAUGCGUUAUUUCCAGGUUCCCAUCGAUUCUUGCAACCGUAAUAAUAAGGGGGAGAAAGUAGGUGGAUGGGUCAAGAAUAACUGUAUCACAGCUAUCAUUGACCCCAAGCGUGGUAUUUAG